AUGCAUCACCACGCGUACAGCCGCCUGGGGAGCUUCGGCGUGGGCGGCGGGGCGGGGGCGGCGGCGUCCCCGCCGUCGUCGCCGCGGCGGGCGUGGGGGAGGAGGGCGUCAGCCAAGGGCGGCGCGGGCGCGGGGAAGGCGGCGGGAGGGGGAGGCGCGGCGCGGCGGGCCGCGCGGGCGGUGCUGGCCGCGCUGCUGCGGCGGCAGGCCGUCUUCCUCUUCGCACCGCUGCUCUACGUCGCGGCGAUGCUGCUCUACAUGGGCUCCAUCUCCCUCGACGGCGUGCCCCGCAUCAUCUCCCGCCCCGCGCCCGGUUCGCUCUACCACAGCCCGCAGCUGUACGCCCGCCUGCGCCCCGAAAUGGACGCCGACAACGCCACGGACGCGCUAGCAACUGUAUGGCGGCAUGCUUACAAAGGUGGUGUUUGGCAACCUUGCAUAAGCAAUAAUACCUAUGGUUUGCCCGAACCAAACGGCUACAUAUAUGUGGAGGCAAAUGGUGGUUUGAAUCAGCAAAGGACAUCGAUAUGCAAUGCAGUCGCAGUUGCUGGUUUUCUGAACGCAACUCUUGUAAUCCCAAAUUUUCACUACCACAGCAUUUGGAGGGAUCCUAGCAAAUUCAGUGAUAUCUAUGACGAGGACCACUUUGUCCAACGUUUGAAAAAUGAUGUUCGAGUGGUUGACAAGGUGCCUGGAUUCAUAAUGGAGCGGUUUAGUAACAAUUUGAGUAAUGUUCAUAAUUUCAAGAUAAGGGCUUGGUCUCCUAUUCAGUACUACAAAGAUGUUGUUCUUCCGAAGUUAAUUGAAGAAAAGCUCAUAAGGAUAUCACCUUUUGCAAAUCGGCUUUCAGUUGAUGCUCCGCCUGCUGUUCAACGACUGAGAUGCCUGGCUAACUUUGAAGCCUUAAAGUUUUCUAAACCAAUCACUGCUUUAUCUGACACUUUAAUUUCUCGAAUGAGAGAAAAAAGUGUGGAAAACAACGGGAAAUAUGUAGCAGUGCAUCUCCGUUUUGAAGAGGAUAUGGUUGCGUUCUCUUGCUGUGUCUUUGAUGGUGGUGAUGAGGAAAAAAAGGAAUUGGAUGAGGCCAGGGAAAGAGGUUGGCGUGGAAAAUUUACUAGGCCCGGACGUGUAAUAAGGCCUGGAGCAAUAAGGAUGAAUGGGAAAUGUCCACUUACACCUUUGGAGGUUGGAUUAAUGCUUCGUGGAAUGGGUUUCAGCAAUAAGACUUCAAUCUAUUUGGCUUCUGGGAGAAUAUAUAAAGCAGAGAAGAACAUGGCUCCUCUCCUUGAAAUGUUCCCUCUCUUACAGACAAAAGAAACAUUGGCAUCAGAUGAAGAACUUGCUCCGUUCAAGAAUUUCUCCUCGAGGAUGGCAGCUAUUGACUACAGCGUUUGUGUCCAUAGUGAGGUUUUCGUGACUACUCAAGGUGGAAAUUUUCCUCAUUUCCUUCUUGGUCAUAGAAGAUACUUGUAUGGUGGGCAUUCGAAGACAAUUAAGCCUGAUAAAAGAAGAUUGGCCGUACUCUUUGACAGUCCACGUAUCGGGUAUGUUAUUGUGGUUCAUGGCCAAUGGAAGUCAUUAAAACGUCAGCUGCUUAAUAUGAGGUCGCACAGCGAUGCCAAGGGUAUUCAGUUGAAAAGAGCAAAUGAAUCUGUAUACACGUUUCCAUGCCCUGACUGCAUGUGCCAUUCAAAUAAACCAGAACACCCUAAAUCCAUCCAGGCUAGAUAG